AUGGAUACUAAUUAAGAUGGUUAAAUAAAAUUUUACUUUGAAGAAAUUAAUAAACUACUUCUUAAUAUUUUUUAAAUAUUUGGAAAAAUUAUUAUAAGAACAAAAAAAAUAUUAGAUUAUGAUGACUUUUUUUACAUAUAAUUUCUGAAUAUCGUAUCAAUGUACCUUUAAUUCAAAAGAUGUCAUUUUUAAGAAAUCAAAAAAAACUAAUUAUCUUUUUAAUAAAGCUUAAAAUUAUUCUUUUACUCCAAAAACCAAUAAAAAACUAAGUCUAUGAAUAUAGUGUGUUAUCCUAGUUGUAAAUGCAAAAUUUGUUCACAAAUCACUUGUUAUAUAAAGAAAAUUAAAUGA